AUGCCGACAAAUCUUCCCUACGAACUGAACUUUCCCAACAAAAGUACAAUGAACCCGGGAAACGGGCAGAAAAGAAAGAACGUUUUUGACGACUCCUCCGAUGAAGACCAACAAACUGGCAAUUUCGCAAUUGAAGUCUCAACUAUUGGAGGGCUAGAAGAGCAAACUACGAAAAAGAAACCUCUGCCAAGCGUAGGACAACCGCCGAAACGCAAAAUUCAAUUCGGGAGCGGCCCUAAACCAACAGCUAAACCGCUCAGCAAGAACUCGCUAUUUGCAGACGAUGAGGAUGAAGACGAAAAGAGAGAAAAAGAGCAACAAAACGCAACGAAACUUGGAUUGAACCAGGCAAAGUCGAAUAAGCCAACCGCCUCUGCCCAGAAAUACACGAAUCUCGCGUCAAUGCAUAGCAGCAACAUGCAGGCAAAAGCAGCUGAAGAACUUGACCCAUUGAUCUACUCAUACGAUGAAGUAUACGACAGCCUGCAUGCCAAACCCGCCAAGGCCUCAGUGGAAGCCAAAACCGAAACUCCCAAGUAUAUGCAAAAUUUGCUGCAAAGUGCCGAGAUUCGGAAACGGGAUCAACUGAGGGCUAAGGAUCGCCAGCUAGCCAGGGAGCGUGAAGCCGAAGGUGAUGAGUUUGAUGACAAAGAGAAAUUUGUAACCUCUGCCUACAAGGCGCAGCAAGUGGAGUUGCGGAAGGCAGAGGAAGAGGAAGCACGCCGUGAAAAAGAAGAGGAGGAACGGCGCAAAAAAAGUGGCAGCUCCGGCAUGAUUGGGUUUUACCGGGACGUUUUAUCGCGCGGUGAAGCACGGCACGAGGAGCUCAUCAAGGCUGCGGAAGAAACUUCCCGCCGUGUAAAAGCAGGCGAAAUAAUCGAGGAGACACAUGAUAAAGAGGAUAAGACAGAUGCCCAGAAGGCGCAGGAUCUCAAUUGUCACGGAGCUCGGGUAAUUGUGAAUGACGAGGGUCAAGUUGUUGACAAGCGCCAGUUGUUGUCUGCGGGACUGAAUGUGGUACCGAAAUCGAAACCUCAACCCUCUGCCGCCAAAGGUGGAGCUGCAAGGCCUACUGCUGGACGACCAGGUGCCGGUGCUGGUUACCAGGGUGGCCGUGGUGCCCAGCGGGCUCGACAGACCGAGAUGGUUGCAAGCCAAUACGAGGAGCGUGCACGACAAGAAGAGGAGGCUGAGGCUGCAAAGCAAAAGGAGAUCACUGAAAAGAGUCGCAGUCGCAAGACAGAGAAAGAUGUGUCCAGCGCCAGAGAACGGUAUCUGGCAAGAAAGAGGGAACGAGAAGAGGCUGCUGCCAAGGAGAAGUCGAAGGGGGCCUAA